AUGGCAGCUAUACCCAAUCGUCCCUCGGACUUUGACACCGCCGCGCACACGGAGAAAGAAAGCAUUCCCAAUGGUGUCUCCAACGGGACGAGCGACGCCCUCACCAACGGGCAACCCACGGACAACAUCCACAACAUCACCACCGAUGUGUUGAUCGUGGGUGGCGGGUUCGGGGGCAUGUACGGCCUCUACCAAUUCCGCAAAAUGGGACUGAGGGUCAAGCUCUUCGAGGCUGGCUCGGAUUUUGGUGGCACGUGGUACUGGAACCGGUACCCGGGGGCCCGCGUCGACAGCGAGACGCCCUUCUACAGUCUCUCCAUCCCCGAGGUGUACAGGAAGUGGUAUUUCACGGAGCGCUUCCCGGGACACCAAGAACUCAGGCAGUACUUCAAGCACAUCGACAAGACCCUGGAGCUGAGCAAGGACGCGUACUUCAACACCGUGGUCGUCGAGGCAAAGUUCGACACCGAGACUGACGAGUGGCACGUCCGCACCGACGACGGCGGCCUCGCAAAGGCCAAAUACCUCGUGCUGGCCACGGGGUCGUCCUACAAGAAGCACUACCCCGACUUCAAGGAUCUAGACAAGUUCAAAGGCCGGCUGAUCCACUCGGCCCUGUACCCGGAAGAGGGUCUCGACGUCAAGGGGAAAAAGGUCGGGGUAAUCGGCUCCGGCGCGACAGGUGUCCAGAUCGUGCAGGAACUCGCGCGCGAGGAUUGUCAGUUGACGGCGUUCAUCCGCACCCCGAACGUGGCGCUGCCGAUGCACCAACGCAAACUGACCAAGGAGGAACAAGACGACGCGAAGAACUUUUACCAGGCCUACCUCCUCGCGGCGAAGCAGUGCCGGAGCGGGUUUCCGUACACGCCGGCGUCCAAGACGUUCUUCGAGGCCACGCCCGAAGAGCGGCUCGAGUACUGGGAAGACCUGUGGCAGCGGGGCGGGUUCAGCUUUCUGAUCUCCAACUACCGCGAGUACGGGACCGACAAGGCCGUGAACCGCGAGAUCUACCAGUUCUGGGCGAAGAAGGUGCGCGAGCGGAUCAAGGACCCGUUCAAGAGGGACGUGCUGGCGCCGCUGGACCAGGGCCACUGGUUCGGCACGAAGCGGCCGUCGCUCGAGCAGGACUACUACGAGAUGAUCGACCGGGACAACGUGACGGUGGUGGACCUCAAGGCGACGCCCAUCGUCGAGUUCACCGAGACAGGCGUCAGGACCUCGGACAAAUUACACGAGUUCGACAUCGUCAUCCUCGCCACGGGCUACGACUCUGUCACCGGUUCGCUCAAGGACAUCGGUCUGAUCGGCACCGACGGCGUGCCCCUGACCGAGAAGUGGAAGGAGGGCACGUACACGCACCUCGGCCUGGCCAUCAGCAAGAUGCCCAACAUGUUCAUGGUCUAUUCGCCGCAGGCCCCCACGAGCUUGUCCAACGGCCCGCCCAUCAUCGAGAUGCAGAUCGACUGGAUCUGCGACGCGAUUCGGAAGAUGAAGGAGGAAGGGAUCCGGUACGUCGACGCCAAGGAGGAGGCCGCCAGCAAGUGGCGCGAGGACAUUCAGAAGAUGAAUGCCCUGACGUUGCACCCGGAGUCGAAUAGUUGGUACAUGGGCGCCAACAUCCCCGGAAAGCCGCGCGAGCAGCUCCUCUACCUCGCCGGAGUGGACGCGUACGACGCGGCGACCAAGGAGGCGCUCAAGACGUGGGACGGGUUUGAGGUCGUCAAGAAGUAG